GGAUUAUUACUCCGACAGUGGAACUGACACCUCGGAGGAGAACAUGGAAGAUAUUCGAAGCAGAGCUCUCCACUUAUGCGAAAACAUAAAAAUGUGUUUCAACGUGUGGAAGCUAGUACAGUAUGUGCAGAAGCACGAGACGGGCGACUUGAAAAGGCUGUUGGCCAUUGAGAAGGCGAGCGGGAUCAGCCUUUUUUACAAGGAUAAAAGAAAUACUUACAAGAAGGAUGAACAAUACGGGAAAGAAAAAUUGAAUGAGCUGUAUACUCACUGGGAGAAACUCACAAAGUUCAAAACUCUUAAAGAGUAUCAAGAGUCGCGUAGCAUCCAGCCUAAAACAAACGGCGAAAGCACAACAGUGGACAUGGACAACAAGCAGCCAAAACUGUCCGACAAAGAGAGGAAGAUCUUAGACAAGUUACUCACUUUCCGGACCGACGCCGAGAGCUACAGUGCAUUCUGCUCGUUCUUAGAAAAAUUGGUUAAAAUCGGGGAGACAAGUGAAAAAAAGAUCAAGCUGUUCCGUAGCAUGUUAAUCGAGCGGCUGGUAAAAAAAGACGUGCGCAAGUUGGAAAUCGAGUUGGGCCUUGACUACGAUGACAAAUAUACGGACUACGAUAAGACCUUCACAGCGGUGAAGGAGCGCAAAAAAAUUUUAACCAACGUAAAAAUCGAGCUGGACGGAAUCUUUGAGAAAUAUAAGUGCCCAAAAAAGUUGGAUAAUUACAAAGAUAAAUUCUCGCACCUUGCUAAGAAAGUCAUGAAGAAAGCAAAGGGAAAAUUUCUAUUUGAUGAGGAACUUGACAACAACCGCCCCAGUGACGUCGACAUGCAAAGAUACCAGAAGAUGGCAUGCAACGUGCUCAAAUGCUUGGUGAUCUACCAGCACGAGUCAACAAGUCCACUGGCUCUGCUGUGCGAAUACGGCACUUUCGAUGAUAUGUUCCUCACACUCUUAAGAGACAACUUCAAUGGCAUUGACGUGUGGAGUGCGCUCUUGAAGGAUCCUGAUCAUAACACGUGGACCGACCCAAUUAAUAAGUUCACUGACUGGCACGUGACACCUAAAGUGGCGUCACAUCCAACCCCCGAGCCUUCGAGGUGGUUUUCGCCGGCUCGGAACAGCAGGGGGCCUCAGGAAGAAAAAGAAUAUCCUAGCUUGGUGCACUACGCCGCCAUGAAUCCCUCGGCCGACAUCCUGCGUUACCUAUUUGACGAAGGACUGGUGUCAACAACUGAUGACCUGAAGAAGCUGACCCCGAAGUCCGAAAAAACCCCGCUGCACUUUGCCGCGCAGUAUAGCUCGAUUGAAUGCAUCAAAUUCCUCUGCGAAAAGACGAAGGAUGGUUCUUGUCCCUUUCAGAAGAAGAACAGCCUGGGAGAGACGCCGUUGCACCUGGCCGCCAACGGAGGUGACCUGGACACGUUUAAUUACGUGUACGACAUGUUCCCUGAGGAGGAGUUGUGUCUGCUGGACGAGGCAAAAUUCGGGCAACCGCUGCUGUACGCGGCCAAGAGCAACCGCUACGAGUGCAUGGGUGCCAUCCUGGACAAGCAGGCGAUGGCGGACGCGACCGUGCACGACGAGGAGUGCAACACGGCACUGCACUUCAUCAGCAAGGAGGCGAACUCCCGCUGGCUGGCCAAGUUGCUCAAGGGCAAUGGUUUGCUCGGCGAGAAGAAUGAGGUGGGCAACUCACCCAUUGACUGGAUCUCGCACUCGCGGCUCAAGGAGCUGCUCGACAAUCACACCACAACGUUAAAGCUGGAGCGCACGAAAGGAGACACUUCACGUAAAGAUUACACUGAGGUUAUUUUCACCAACCUGUUUGGGCACCACGCAAGUGGUAGCGACAUGAAGAACAUCAUGGCCAUCGCGCAGUCGAAAAACGCUGAAGCCCCUGGCGACGACCAGCACAGAAACCUAUGCCUGCACCCACUGUGCCAGGCCCUUGUCUCCGUCAAGUGGCAGAAAAUCCGCAAAUUCUUCUUCCUCAAGCUCGCCUUCUUCCUGCCAUUCGUCUUCUUCCUCUCGCUGCACCCCAUCCUGCAGAUGCAGCGCGAUCUUCGCAUCGGAUCAGACGCAAAUGACUCUAGCACCCUCUCCGACGAGCAAUACAACCAGUGGAUCGAGUUAUCGCUGCAAGGCACGCAUCUUUUCCUCCUCAUCCAGGUGGUGAGCGGACUGCUGUCUCUGUUCGUGCUCACAUGGCCGUUUGUAGAGAAGUCAGCGACGUACGUGAACACAAACAAUUGCAACAUGCGCCGGGUGCGGCGGCUGCUUGAAUUCUACUGGGAGGAACUUCUGUGGUCGGACUGGUACGAGUACGUCUUAUGGGUUAUCGCUUUCAUGCACCUGGUGGACGCGAUCAGCCCCAUCGUAGUGGUGAUCGCCUCUUGGUUCUCACUGUUCUACGUGUGCUCCAACCACCCGUCCAUCCUGCCCCUGCGCUACAUGCUGGUGCGCAUCCUGCUGCGUUACAUCAAAUUCCUCAUCUUCUCAAUUGGACUGAUCGGUGGGUUCGCCCUGGGCUUCUUCCUUCUGGUCAACAAGUGCAAACUGGACAGAGACCACGAGGGCGUGUGCGCAGAGGGCUUUGACACGCUUUACAUGACCAUGCUUAAGGUGCCUUCCAUGAUGAUGGGCGAGAUUUCGUUCGAGUCUUUUAAGUUUGAGGCCAGCGCCCACCUGCAGUUCCUCUUCGGCAGCUUCAUUUUCCUCAUCACAUGCUGCCUGUUCAACAUGAUGAACGGUCUGGCCAUCAACAUCACCACAGAGUUGGAGAAAAAUGCACGCGUGUUUAGCACCAUAGCGCAGUGCGAGAUGAUCAUCGAGUUUGAGGCUUUGCUGAAGCAAUUGUCCAGUUGGCUCGAGUACUUUCACCUACCAGGAACGGUUGCAAUAAACGCAGUUUGGAUUGAGCGGAUCAAGGUGCAGCCAUCCACGGGCGAGUGCAAGAAUUUGGAAGAGUACAAGUUGGAAAUGGAUGAGCACAAAGAAGCUUGUGAAAAGAUGGAGAACUUAUGGGAAACAAACGACAAAAGAAAGGUUGAGUGGUUGUGGAUUGACCGCGGCUAUACCAUGGAUAACGAAAUUGUAAGGGCGGCUCUCGAUUGCUGCAGCAGCAACAUCUACAAGGACCCUUCCGACGUUGAAAUCGAUUUAGACUUUAACGACGAUGAUGCCAAUAAUGAAGAUACCAAUGAAGGCAACAGCAAGGAUCUCCUCGAUCGUAUUAUUAUCGAUUCCAAGAUGGAAAUUCCAACUAUAGACUCACCAACUACGGAGGGAUAAAAUGCCUAAUCUAUAGUGUAGUCGCACGUACAGAAUGGUGGAAUGUUGGGUCACAUUUUUCGGGUAAAUUGUAAAUUAAAAUAAUAUUUUAUGCUUUUAAAUAGAAUACAUAGUUAACAGUGUGUAGAUGAUUGUUCUCAAACAAAAGAGAAUUUUCAAGAUAUUAUUUUUUCUCGAUGAUUCUAGCAUUUUUUAAUCAAAAAAUGUUUUAUUGUAAUAAGGGCUAAAACUUGAAUUUCAAACGGAUAAUGUGAAAAAUCCAGAAAAUUAUUUAAUAAAACUUUAAAUCAAAUAAAAUAU